GCGGCGUCUCAGGGAGGACGUCGAGAAUCAGCUACACCGGGACCGAGCCCGGUGGCCGUGGACGAGGAAGACGAGCUGAACGUGAUGGACUCCUUCAUCAUCAAUGUCUUGACUGGGGAGAUGAAUGGGGAGAUGGUUGGAACGCUGGUUGGCAAUAUCAUGUCGGUUGGCGAGAUGACGAUUCUCCUGUAUGGGAACCUGCUGGAGUCGAACAUGGAGAAGACGCUGAUGAUCCUCGAUUACAAGAACUGCAGGAAAGGUUUUGGUGGAAAACCCAUGGGCGGCAAGUUCAUGGGCAAGCACAUGAACUAUGCAGACUCGGACUGGCACUGGGACCUGGUCAUGGCGAAGGGGAAGAACAAGAACAAGAACGCCAACUGGACGGCCUAUGACAUGGCGUACGCAUUUCCCCACGGCAAGAACAAGGGCAAGUUCAAAGGUUCGAAGGGCAGCCAGGUCAAUGCGUAUGUGGCCGACUACUACGGACUGGAGAUGGAGGUUGAUGGGCAAACACGUGGAGACCUUCGUGCAGCAGGGGCGCAGUCGGCCAAGGAUAACGAGGAGAACCGUUCCCUACUGGUUCCUGUGUUGGUUGGCAUGGACUUCGCGGGAGACACCGGGACGGGCAUGGUUGUGGAUCUGGUGGAUGGGACGUGUGUUUUCUCGUUGAUUGACCCCCUACGGCAUUAUACUCUCCAGCAGAACUCCAAGGGGCACUAUAUGGUGGAUCUUGUUGAGUACCUCACAGGGGGCGUCACCGUGAGCCAGGGGCAUGCAAACAUCAUUCUCCUACAGGAGCGCCAUGUGUCGUUUGAUGUGGAAGUUCUGGAACUGCAUGUCGUUCUGCCAGAGGUUGAUCGAGGUGAACUUUUCCGUCAGUUGCUGCAGCGAAGAAGCGAAUUGAAUCAGACGAGCCCGGCAGCAAGGAGGCUCAGACUCAUGCAACCUGCUCCCAAGAGCUCAGAGGUCAUGGCCGUAAAGUCGCCGGACUACCUGGCGGUGCUGAUGAAGCAGUUGGAGUGCGACAAGGAGGGGAAGAAGCAGAUGGACGUCCUGGAGAAGGACCGAGCGAUGGAGCUGGACGGACGGGAUCCUCGAGCGUCCGACCAGCAAUGGCCAUGCUAUGGAACGCGCGAGCCAAUGCGGCAUCGGUCCAACAAGUGGGGAAUGUGGAUGCACUGCAGUCAAUGUGCCCUGCGGUUGAUCUACCUGCCCAAGAAGGGAGCCCCGUCGGACAGCACGGAGGUCAAGAAUCACCAGGACGUGAAGCAGGCGCUGAAGCAGCUGGAGGACUUUGCGACCAUGAGGGGCAUCCUGCCGACGGAGGAGAUGGUGCGAGUCGCGAUCGAAAAACACACCACGAACCAGCGGUACGCGGACGUCUUGGCCAAGUGCAAGAACAAGCCGGUGGCCGCGAAGCCUAUGAAGAAGGGCUAUCAGACGACUCCGGGUCGGACCAGC